CGAGACCACCACUUCAGUCAACACAUCACAACCGUCAACAUGGUCAAGAAGCGCGCGUCCAACGGACGUAACAAGAACGGCCGCGGCCACACCAAGCCGAUCAGAUGCUCCAACUGCUCGCGAUGCACACCCAAGGACAAGGCCAUCAAGAGAUUCACCAUCCGCAACAUGGUCGAAUCCGCCGCCAUCCGUGAUAUCUCCGAUGCGUCCGUCUUCGCCGAAUACGCCGUCCCAAAGAUGUACCUCAAGCUUCAGUACUGCGUCUCGUGCGCCAUCCACGGAAAGAUUGUUCGUGUCCGCUCUCGCGAGGGUCGCCGCAAUCGAGCCCCACCACCGAGGGUGCGCUACAACAAGGACGGCAAGAAGGUGAACCCAGGGCAGGUGGCCAAGAUCCCAGGUGCUCAGGCCGCCGCAUAGAUGGAGCAGGGGAUGUGAGAUCACGAUGUGGAGUUCAUGGGACACGCAAAAGACUGGUUACUGGCGUUCUGCAGUCGGUCAUAUGGAAACGUGUGACACGGUUCGAGGACGAGCCGUGCCUGGCUAGGGCAGGCGUCGAAGGCCAUCUGGAGUGAAGGAAUAGCUUCGAAAUGAACCACGUUCAACCACUGCACUGUGUCGGAAUCGUCUUGUACAGGAUC